ACUAAAAGAAUGCUUUUCAUUGAAAGGUGGUAUAUUAGUGGGAUUUAGUAACUUUUAAGCUAAUGUUAACAAUCAGUAAUUGUUUAUAAUGGGUCGUUCAAGAUCUAGAAGUAAAACACCAAGGCGACAUCAUAAAAGUAGUAAGCACUCUCGAAAGAAGAGUCGUUCCAAAGAUAGGUCCUCUUCGCGUAGCCGAAGUUCUAAGCAUACCGAAAAAACUAGAGAAAGAAGUUCUAAGUCACGUAAGCGAUCACAUUCAGUUUCUUCCACUUCAAGCACCGAAGGCUCGUAUGAUGGUAACAGGGGAAGUAGGAAGAAAUCUAAAGGACGUAGCAAAAUGGAUGAAGUAGACCGACUUGCUGAAAUGGAAAGACAAAGACGUGUCAGAGAAGCGGAACAAAAGGUAGUGGAAGAAGAAGCAGCAAAGCGAAUAGAAUUGCUUGUAAAGAAAAGAGUUGAAGAAGAGUUGGAGAAAAGAAAAGAUGAAAUAGAACAGGAAGUUGCAAAGAGAGUCGAAGAAGCAAAACGGAAAAUGGAGAAGGAAAUGAUGGAGGAGCUGCAACGGCAAAGGGAGCAACAACGACGUGACGAGUUAGCUAGACAGGAGGCAGAAGCUCGUAAACGGAAAGAGCUGGAGGAAAUCAUGGCCGAAAAUAAUAAAAAAAUAGAAGAGGCACAGCGGAAGCUGGCUGAGGAGAGACUUGCGAUGAUUGAAGAACAAAGAAAAAUGGAUGAAGAGAGACAAAAACUGAAAAAAGAACAAGAGAAAAGAAUAAAAGAAGAACAAAAGAAGAUACUGGGGAAAAAUAAUUCAAGACCGAAGUUAUCAUUCUCAUUGAAACCACUUUGAUAUGUUGAAAUAUGUAAAUCAGUUGAAACAGCUGCAAAACAGUGUGAAUAUUCUCAAAUUAAGGACAAUUUUCUCUUGUAAUAAUAUAUAAAUUCAGCAUAAACAUGUCUAUUUUAUAAAACCA